GUUUCCUGUUUGCAGCAAAGUGGUUUGAUUUUUCUGCAUUUUGUACGCUUCUGAGAGGAAAAGAUGAGAAUAAAAUCUCUGACAUACCUGUUUAACCUGAAGUGUGGGGUUAAACCGAUACAACUGCAACCUUCUGUCCUGUUCUGUAUGAGGUCAAGAUGCCCAUUGUGCCUUUUACCGGCAUAAUCGCCUGGAUUGUUCUUACUGUCGUUCAUAUUAUUCAGGACACCAGUUCAGCAGCUGAAAACAUUUCAAAGCAACAGAGAGUCCUAAACAAAACAGUGCACCAAAAUGCCCAGCUGGCCUGUGACUUUCCAGCUCACAGAGAAACCAUCACAAAGUUGAAUGCCUACUUGUUCAAAGGAGUCGGGAAAGUACAACUUUUUGAAGCCAAUUGGAACAAUUCCACAAUUUCAAUCAAGGAAAACGGUUCUAAAUUAAGCUUGGACAUAAAUAUUACAAAAGAAGAAAAACAUGCUGUGUUUCACCUGAAGGACUUGGAAGUCAACCACACAGACAGUUACAUGUGCAAAAUUGAGGUGAUUGACCCGCCACCAUAUGAAACCGAAAGCAGGAGCAACUUAAUUUACGUGACAGAACUUCCUCCGCACCAAGAAAAGCUUAAUUGCAUGAACAUGCCAAUGGCUAUUUCACUUGGAUUUUUCGUUUUCUACAGCCUGAUGAUCACAGCAGCCAUUUACUACUGUUGGCUGAAAAGCAAGAAGAAUAGGGCCCUUCAGAAUGACUAUUUCAAUAUGACGUCCUGGCAAUCAAAUGGACCCAGGAAAAGGCCGCCUCGGCAUGGUGCUCCAGCACGGAACUAUACGGCAUACCGUUAUUGGGAACCCUGAUGAGUAAUGUCUUCUCUACAAUGGAAAUAAGAACAGCCUAGUCAGAGCAGAAUGUGACUGUUUUCAAAGAGUUGUAUCAUGUUGUUCAUAGAUAUACAAAGGACAAAAGCUCUCUGUAAGUUAUGUUUCAAGCUGAUAGGAAAUAGGUUAUUACUAACAGUAGACUGGAAACAGAGGGAUGAUAGACCCACCCACCCCUCCAGUUUUAAGCAAAUGAUGGUUCCAAUUGCAUUUGUGAACUUUCCACUUUGGCCUUAACAGAAGGUUUAAAGGAUUAUAUCCAAAUUCUGGCAAAGAGUGGAGGUAAAAACCUGUCAUAUUUUAUAUCAAGGAGAAAAUGCUGAAUGUAGGGUUUAAACAUAUGCUUAAGAAAUAAGAAGCAUCCAGCUCGGUGGGACUGGUGCAAUAAAGAACAUUUUUUCUGUUAUAAUAUGAAUUAGCUGGAAAGGUUUGCAAUCCUCUGCAGAACAGUCCCAAUGAACAGAUGACACUUUCUGCUAAAACAAUCAACCCGAAAAUCAUGUCUGGAAGACUUGAAGGAAUAGUGGAAAACUAUUUGCAGUGAUAUAUAGUUUUCCACGGAUACAUAAAGAAGAUGCUGACAAAGAAUUGGGCAAAGAGUAAUGAAGGGAAAGCUUAAGUAAUAUAUUACUAUCCAAAUAGUUCUAGUUCCCACUGUAAGAAGGGAGUAUUUUUCUUUCUUGAUAUCAGAUAUCAAUUGAAUACCAAAAUGCUGGUAUGCACAGGGUUCUAUGCUUAUAGCUAAAAUGAAAAGAGUUCUUGCUUCGUUGGUUUCCAUUUCCUAUGUUAAUUAAAUGGGUUCAACAUAGGUUCAAACCCAUACUCAACGCCUGGAUAGCUUUGUGUGAGUGUCAGCCCAAUCGUCUUACAGAGUUGUUGUAGUAGGAGUCACACUUUUUGCACGCCUCUGAGCAGAUGGGAUCAUCGUAUUUUGAUCAUUCAAGCAGAAAUGGCACCCUG